AUGGUAGAGGAAUCUGACGAUUAUGACGAGAAGCAGGAGACCAGAGAACCUCACUCAGCUCUAAACUCUCUGAAACAUGAUUCAGGACAUAAGAAACGAUUCAGCUGCUCUGAGUGUGGGAAAAGAUUUGGCUUCAAGUAUGGUCUGAAGAGACACAUGAUGACUCACACAGGAGAAACACAUUUUAACUGCUCUGAGUGUGGGAAAAUAUUUAGCCAAAAGGCAGAGUUGAAGAGACACAUGAUAACUCACACAGGAGGAAAACAGUUUAGCUGCUGUGAGUGUGUGAAAAUAUUUGGCUUCAAGACAGAUCUGGAGAGACACAUGAGAACUCACACAGGGGAGAAACCUUUCAGCUGCUCUGAGUGUGAUAAAGCUUUCGCUGAACGUAGCACCCUGAAGACACACAUGAGAACUCACACAGGGGAAAAGCCUUUCAGCUGCUCAGUUUGUAAUAAAUCUUUUACAGAGAGAGGAAGUUUACGUAAACACAUGGUAGUCCACACAGGAGAGAAAAGAUUCAGCUGCUCAAUUUGUAAGAAAUCUUUUACACAGAGAGGAAGUUUACGGUCACACAUGGUUGUCCACACAGGAGAGAAAAGAUUCAGCUGCUCAAUUUGUAAGAAAUCUUUUACACAGAGAGGAUAUUUACGGUCACACAUGACAGUCCACACAGGAGAGAAAAAAUUCAGCUGCAGUGUUUGUAACAAAAGAUUUGCCUGGCGUUCUCAUGUCAAAAGACAUAAAUGUGUUAGUCAGAUGGAGACAGAAGCUGAUGGAGAGGAGUGUCAGUUUUUCCCACAGAAUUAGAUUCCAUUUGUGGUGGUAGCUGACCCGGGGUGGGGGGCAGAAAGAGGUUCAGACUUCUUAUAUUAAUUGUACUGCAAAUAUUUGUAUACUGUAAGAAAUAAAAA